UGGAGCUCCAGCAGGAUUAGCAUCGUUAGCAUCGUAGCAUCGUCGUCUGCAGCGCCUCUGGAAACAGCUGAAGUUCAUUUCGCCUCUGAGGGAAGUGCAGAGCGGCAGGAGGAAGCGGUGUCGUCCUCUCAGGGCUCCGUGGUUCUGAACUCCAUGGCCCGGACCAGACUGAGCAAAACAGACCUGAACCGACUGAAGAGUCGGAAGAGGAAGCAGAGGAGGAGAGAGAGAUGGCUGCAGAGUCAGCUGCUGGAGGAAGAGGAGGAGGAAGAGCCGGCCCAGUCGUCCUGUGAGGACGUGGACCGGGACGGCCUGACCUGCGCCGUGUGUCUGGACGUUUUCUUCCGGCCUCGCAGCUGCCUGCCCUGCGCUCACGUCUUCUGUGAGCCGUGUCUGCGGCGCCUGGCCCGGAACCGCGCCGCCCACACGCCCUGCCCGCUCUGCCGCCGCCUCAUCACCAACACGGGCUUCCACAGAGAGCUGGACCACCGGGCCAAGACGCUGUUCCCCAAGGUCUGGGCGACGCGCAGGCAGAACUUCCAGAACUCGCUGAGCGCUCGCUGGCCGCUGCCCAGCUCCCGGGAGCAAACACGCUUCUUAUGCUGUCAUGGGCGAAGCGCGGAGGCCGCGUGGCGACGCUGGCAUCUAACUCCACGACCCUUUGACCUCGGCAUGCAGGGCCUUCCUCAGCUGCCCUUCGCCACGCUCAUCAUCCUCUUCAUCAUCACCUUCGCGCUGCUCCUCUACCUCGCCGGGUUCUUCAUCACGUUAUUCACAUGAGUUUCUGCACAUGGCCUCGUUUUUAAUUUGCACAUGAUUUAAUGAACUGGAGAGGCAUUUUAAACCCCGCAGAACCGCAGAAAGGUGCUGAACAAAACGCUUCCAACUUCUUGUAAAAUAAAUUUCUCCUCUUUUCAAGGACUGA